AAAACACAAGCACGGCAUUUUCAAGACGUCCGCACUCUAAACGGUGUUGUGGACACUUCGACGGGCGUUGUGUGCAUGUUCACGUCUGCUGAACAAGUCUUCCAGUUCUACCGGCAUGUGCUGUCAUAAUGUUAGCUACGUUAUACCCAUUUAAAAGUUGAUACUUAGCUACGUACAGGUUCCUGCUGCGAUAUUAGCUAGACAGAAAUCAGGGGAACUAAUAAACUUUAAGAUAACAAAUUAGCUUCUUAGAUGGCUAGUUAGCAAGCUAAAUGAGCUAUUUCUUAUGUCAGUUAGCUAGCUAGCCGUUUUAGCCACAUAGCUCGCUUAUGGAUUCAAUGCAAGAAACAUGCAUAACUGGCCAGCUUUCACAUCGGGACAUUCGGUAUCGGUAUGGAUGUGAUUGACUGAUGCUUUAUUCGUAUACAACGUGUGGAAUUGAGGUGCAAUGGCUAAAUGGAUGCAAUUUCGCAUCGGUUUCUUUUACUUUUGUUUAGCUCGCAAACGUUUGUUAACAGUGGUAUGUAUGAUCGUGCACUUCUAGCUAGUGCACCCCGCUGAAAUGGAAGUCUCGUGCCUAGCUAAAUGCUUAGAGCUAACAAUUGCUAGCUAGCUAAGUAGCAAAGCUAACGUUCGUAGCGAAUCAAAACUGGGCAGCUGACAUGUUUUAAACUGAAUUAACUAUGUUACCAGUUGCCAGCUUAGCAAGUUGGGGUUGGGCAAUGGGCUGUGUCCUUAAUGAAUAUUUAACCCUUUAGUGUGUAAGUUCAAAAACAGUGGCCACACAGCGUGAGUUUUUUUUUGUGUGCAGCUACUGUUAGAUCACACUAGCUUUUGCACUGUAGAAGUAACUAACUAACUAACUAACGUUACAUACUUUAUUAACUAACGUUAACUAGCUAUCAAGCUACUUCAACCAUCAAUUGCAACAAAUUGGCGCAUUGCACAGCGCUAUUCGCUAGUGAGCCUCGCUCUUGAUUGCCAUAAUGAGUGACCACUAUGUGAAAGUUAAGGUCCAGUUGGAGCAGAUUAAGUCGGCGGAUGAAGAGGGCAAAAAGGAGGCAGCUGCAGAGGAGGAGGUAGUGCUGUCACCCUCGCCUGGAUCUGCCUCUGCCUCUCCAGUUGCUACUACUGUUGGAGGGCGACGAGAUGCUGUCAGGACCUCUGUGGCCAACAGACGCAGGAGUAAAAGUAGGGGCAAAAAGGAGUCUCCGAACGGUACAUGUAGCUCGAGCAUCAAACAGGAGGCCUCCAAACCAGUACAGGAAACGAUCGAAACCACUGCGGGGAAAAUGAUCAACCGCAACAGUAGCGAGCGAAUGCUUCAAAUCAAAGGAACUGGCAAAGUGCUGCAAGGGAAAACGGAAACAAAUGGUGUUGUGGUCCCUAACCAUCGAUCGAAAGACCAGCACACAAAAGAAGACGGUAAUAAACUUACUAAGAAGAGGAAACUAGUGACAGUGGACACUUCCAAAGCGAAGACGUCACUCGAGGCUCUGAAAGUCAGCAUCAGACAGCUCAAGUGGAAAGAGUUUCCCACAGGUCGACGUGCGGCCUGUGAUAUAUACUGGCACGGGGUGUCUUUCCACGACAAUGAGAACAUCGUGUCGGGCCAGGUCAACAAGUUCCCAGGGAUGAUCGAGAUGCUUCGCAAAAUCAACCUGAGUCGAGCGGUGAGGACCAUGCAGGAGCUGUUCCCCGACGAGUACAACUUCUACCCCCGCUCCUGGAUCCUGCCGGAGGAGUACCAGCUGUUCGCCGCGCAGAUUCGCCUGGCGAAGGACGGCGACUCGUCCCUGAAGCCCACCUUUAUCGUGAAGCCGGACGGCGGGUCCCAGGGGGACGGGAUCUACCUCAUCCGCGACCCCGCCGACCUGCGCCUGCUGUCCGGAGGCCACAGCAAGCACGCCGUGGUCCAGGAGUACAUCCAGAGGCCCCUGCUCAUCGACAAGCUCAAGUUCGACAUCCGCCUGUACGUGCUCAUCAAGUCCCUGCACCCGCUGGAGAUCUACAUCGCCAAGGAGGGCCUGUCGCGCUUCUGCACCGAGCCGUACCAGGAGCCCAGCCAGAAGAACCUCAACCAGGUCUACAUGCACCUCACCAACUACUCCCUGAACGUGCAGAGCGGGAACUUCGUCCACUCGGACAGCUCCAACACGGGUAGCAAGCGCACCUUCUCCAGCAUACUGCACCGCCUGGCCUCCAAGGGCGUGGACAUCAAGAAGGUGUGGUCCGACAUCAUCUCCCUGGUCAUCAAGACCGUCCUCGCCCUGGUGCCCGAGCUCAAGGUGUACUACCAGGCCGACAUCCCGCCGGGCAAACCCGGCCCCACCUGCUUUCAGAUUUUGGGGUUUGACAUCCUGCUGAUGAAGAAUCUGAAGCCUGUUCUGCUGGAGGUGAAUGCCAACCCGAGUAUGAGAAUCGAACACGAGCAGGAGGUUUCUCCAGGAGUGUUUGAAUAUGUCCCCAGUCCCGUGGACAAGGAGGUGAAGGUUGGAGUCAUCCGGGAUACGCUGAGACUAGUGGACCCCGCACAGAGGAAGCCCCCUCAUCCCAUGUCUCUCCCGCUGGGCCCCGGCACCGAGCAGGAGGACAUCCUGGAGGUGGGGUCUCCGGACAAGGCCGAGCCGGGGGAAGGGGUCCAGGUGGGGAACGUCUUGCCCUCGCUCUGCCUGAAGCAGGUCUUCCCCAAAUACACCAAGCAGUUCAGCUACCUGCGCCUGGUGGAGCGCAUCGCUGCGCUGUUCGUGCGCUUCCUGGGGGUGAAGGGGACCAUGCGGCUGGGGCCCACCGGAUUCCGCACCUUCAUCAGAAACUGCAAGCUCAGUAGCACUAGUUUGUCGAUGGCGUCCGUGGACAUCCUUUACAUCGACAUCACACGGCGCUGGACCGGCAUGGUGUCUGACUCGAGGGAAGCAGGCAUGCCCCUGCAGGCGUUCAUAGAGGCCUUCUCGUACCUGUCCCAGCGGCGCUGUAAGACCCUGUCGCCGCGGGAGCAGGUGCUGUCCCUGCUGGAGGUGUGCGAGGCUCAGCUGGAGCUCGGGGAGGAGCGGCGGACCCUCAGCACCAGGGCCUCGGGAGAGCGCAGGACAGUGGCCCCGGGCCCCGCACAGCCCCCGCCCGCCCGAAAGCCCUCCGACUGCCGGCCCGCCCCGCAGGGGAACGCGGAGAACUGAGCGGAGUCCGCCAGGUACAGGCGGGGCCCCGGGCUCCUUCUGCCCCAGAGAGAGAUCUUCACCAGGGGCCACAGCCUCCAUCUGCCCACUGAACAGACCCUCGGCCAGUUCUGUUCUGGGUCGGCUGCUUUUCCUGGCAAGUUGACAGUGGAGCCACCCCCCCCCCACCCCCCUCAAAGACAUGAGGAAAGUCGACCCUGUCGCCUAGGGAACAGUCUUAUGGUCUCAUCUGCAGUGGCUGUCCAGGGCUGCCUGGAUGUAAAGACAUGUUUGGGUUUUGUUUUGUUUUGUUUUUUCUUUUUAGCUCUUAUUUUAGAUGACUUGAUCGAGUCUCCUUAUAAGGGGUUAUCUCCCCCCGUUGCAAUAGCACGCCGUGUCUUCAGGGAAAUCUUGGAAGCUUUAAUUACACGGCCGACCGGGUCUGUGGUUCUGCGGACGUUACGGGAGCCCAGGUUCCGUUCCAGGCUCUUGAUAAAGGAGCCUGCAGUUUGCACAGUGGCUUCAGAACCAGCGGCCGCCGGUCGCGUUUCGGGAAACGGAGCCCCGAUCCGUCGCCACGGUGAAUGUGGAAGCCGUGAUCCUCCGCUGUUUGAUUGGCUGAGGUCCUUCACUCCAGCUUUGGGAAAUGUGCCCCCAGUCUCCCAGCUGGCAGCCUUAGACACACACCUGACUACAUCAUGGGAAUCAGGAAGGGGAACAAGCACUGUCCAUUACCAUCUAUGCUUCAUUUAUUUAACAAAAAAAUGUUUUAUUUUAAAGAGUAUUUUUUUUCACUUACUCAAUAAUUCAAUGAUGUGUAUUGUAGGGCACAGUGGUGCCACGUUGUUAUUUAAAGCAGAAUGCAUUUACAAUCACUUUGGUUCCCAUUACAGUACAGUAUGCAUAAUAUGCUUGUCGGUAUGACGCUAAACGUAUUCAUGUUUUUUCACUAAUCACUUAACACUCGCCACCACCACAGAGAAUGAUGAAGAGACACUAAAGCAUUACUGGGAUGUGUUCCUGAUGACACAGGAAGAUGAAAUAAAGUGCUUCGUAUCACAGAAAUGCA